AUGGGGUUAAAAGCAUGGAGUGAUUCUGCCCCUCUGAAUUUUGUCAAAACAACUCAAGGAGAAGCUGACAUCAUGAUUUCCUUUGAAACUGGAGGGUUUAAUCUUUUUACUGUAGCUGCUCAUAAUUUUGGCCUCGCAUUGGAUCUUGGACUUUCAAGUGAUCCUUCAGCUUUGAUGACACUGUCCAGCACUGAUGUAGUUAACGCAGUGGGUUUGUUUGGUCGUGGGAAGCUUGGCACACUAAGGAGUAAACAUGUUCAUGUACAGAAAAUAGAUGCUGCUGUUCACUUAAAGAACUCCAGAAAAACUUUUUUCUUUGUUGGUGAUGAUUAUUACUGCUACGAUGAAACAAGAAGCAUAAUGGAAGAUGAUUAUCCAACGAGCAUCGAUGAUGAAUUUCCAAGUGUAGAAGGAAAUAUUGAUGCAGCAGUUGAAGUUUAUGGAUUUAUUUACUUUUUCUCUGGCCCAAAGGCUUAUAAGUAUGACGCUGAAAAAGAGGAUGUGGUUAAUAUUGUGAAAUCCAGUUCCUGGAUUGGAUGCGAAAAAAGUUCUCAGAAGAUUGUUACAAUCACCUCUCGUUCAUGA